CCCGCCCCGCCCCGCGCCCCCCGCCGCCGCGGAGCCCCCUCCCUCCCUCCCGCGCUCCCCUCCCGCCGCCCUCUUCCUCCUCCUGCCCCUGCGCGGCGCGGCGCGGCGCGGAGCCGGCGCUGAUGCCGCUGCCGUGUUGUUGUUCCCCGCAGUGGGUCGGCGCCCCGUGCGGCUCGCACGGCCCCUACGUCUUCUACAGGGCGUUCCGCUUCCAGCGCCGCGGCGGCGGCCGGGCGCGGGUCCUCUCCCUCGGCGACUUCUUCUUCGUGCGGUGCCGCGCGGAGGAGCCCGCCUGCAUCGCGGAGCUGCAGCUGCUCUGGGAGGAGCGCACCAGCCGGCAACUUCUCUCCAGCGCCAAACUUUAUUUUCUCCCCGAGGACACCCCCCAGGGCAGGACCAGUGACCAUGGCGAGGAUGAAGUUAUUGCUGUUUCAGAAAAAGUUACUGUGAAGCUUGAGGACUUGGCAAAAUGGGCGCAGUCCGAUUUCUCCAAAUGGAAGUGUGGUUUCCGGGCUGAGCCAGUCCAGCCCAUGGAUGUGGGGAAGAAUGGGCAGAAAGAGGCCUUGACAAGAUACAGACAAUCCACACUGAACAGUGGCUUGAACUUCAAAGAUAUUCUAAAGGAAAAGGCUGACCUUGGUGAGGAUGAUGAAGAUUCAAACCUUUUAAUUCUCAGCUACCCACAGUACUGUCGAUACCGUUCCAUGUUAAAGCGCAUUCAGGACAAGCCCUCGUCAAUACUAACAGACCAGUUCGUUUUAGCCCUGGGAGGCAUUGCAGUAACAAGCAAGAACCCCCAAAUCUUCUAUUGUCGGGAUACAUUUGAUCAUCCUACCCUAAUAGAAAAUGAAAGUAUAUGUGAUGAGUUUGCGCCAAAUCUUAAAGGCAGACCACGCAAAAAGAAGCCAUGCCCACAGAGAAGAGAUUCAUUAAAUGGCAUUAAGGAUUCCAACAAUAAUUCUGAAAGCAAAGCUGUUGCCAAGGUAAAAUGUGAGGCUAAGUCAGCUUUGCCCAAACCCAAGAGUAACAACAGCAACUGUAAGAAAGGCUCAAGUGAGGAUAAAUCAAAGAUUGCCAUAGGUGAAGAAUGCAGAGCUGAUGAGCAGGCUUUCCUUGUGGCUCUUUAUAAAUAUAUGAAAGAAAGGAAAACACCAAUUGAACGAAUACCCUAUUUAGGUUUUAAGCAGAUUAACCUUUGGACUAUGUUUCAAGCUGCUCAAAAACUGGGAGGAUAUGAAACAAUAACAGCCCGUCGACAAUGGAAACAUAUUUAUGAUGAAUUAGGUGGUAACCCUGGAAGCACAAGUGCUGCUACAUGUACUCGCAGACAUUAUGAAAGAUUAAUCCUGCCAUAUGAAAGAUUUAUUAAAGGAGAGGAAGAUAAGCCACUGCCUCCAGUGAAACCUCGAAAACAAGAUAACAGUUCCCAGGAGAGUGAAGCAAAAACAAAAGUGUCUGCAACAAAACGCAUCAAAAAUGAAAACCAAAAGAGCAAGAAGGAAAAAGAUAAUUCACAGAAACCCCAAGAUGCAUCUGAGGUUUCAUCAGAACAAGAGAAGGAUCAAGAAUCAGCAGACCAGAAGAACUUCCCUGAACACCCUACAGUGGGAGAGAUGAAACAACCUGUGCAAGGCCCUCCAUCUCUUUUACCAGAGACAGCUCGGACACUACCUCUGGAGAAGACAGACAUGACAGAAAACAGCACUAACAGUGAGAAAGCCAAGGAGGAUGUUCAGCACUCGUCUUCUUUCUCGAGUGUAUCCGUGCCUGCAGAAGAAGAUACUGUGCUGGAUGCCACUGUCACAAAACGAUUACACCCCUCAGCAGAUGCCCUGGAAGAUACAAAGCCUGAACAAAGACUACACAAAGCUUUUACUGACAGCCUAGAAAGUGAACCUCCAGAAAUUCCCUUCACAGCUUUCCCAGUCCAUCUGCCCACUCAGAGCGACAUGGAAGAUGAGAAACUGCCAGGGAUGGCUGAUUACAUUGCAAACUGCACGGUGAAAGUGGACCAGCUGGGCAACGAAGAUAUCCACAAUGCAUUAAAGCAAACACCCAAAGUACUGGUGGUGCAGAACUUCGACAUGUUUAAGGAAAAGGAGCUGCCCGGGUCCGUGAACGAUGACUCCACUUUCAGUUACACACCGCUGCUGUACUCAAAAGGUAAUCCAGGCAUCAUGUCACCCCUGGCAAAGAAGAAGCUGCUGUCACAGGUCAGCGGGGCCACGCUUUCAUGUAACUAUCCUUAUGGUUCUCCUCCACCUUUGAUCAGCAAAAAGAAACUCAAUAGCAGAGAUGAACUGUCCUCAGGCAUAUCACAAGGUCCCCAUGCCCCUAAUUCUGAUCCUGUAGCAAUUAACAGGCCCUCAGUCAUACAACAUGUACAGAGUUUUAAAACCAAGGAAGAAAGGAAGUCAAUUAAUAAUGUUUUUAAACAUGACAUGCUAAGUAAACCGGAUCCUCAACGCUGUGAUUUUUCAAAACAUCACCUCAGUUCUCUUGCCGAGUCAUACCUACCGAAGUUGGAUAUCCAGGACUGCAAAGAUAAAAUGAGUGAGAAAAGGGCACUGCAGCACUCCCAUGUGCCAACUUUCUUGGCAGAUUUCUAUUCAUCACCUCAUCUGCACAGCCUUUAUAGGCACACAGAACAUCACCUUAAUAAUGAACAGACAUCAAAGUACCUCCCCCGGGACAUGUUCAGAGAGUCUGAAAAUAUUUCUACUUUUACUCAACACAAACACCAAGAAAAACUAAAUUUAAAUUAUCGGCCGUCUUUGCAUCAGCAAGAAAAAAAGGCAACAGUGGAGGCUUCUUCAGAUGAUCAGCCAACAGAUUUGAGUCUUCCAAAGAGCAUACACAAACAGACUGCAAAGGUUCCAGGCUCCAGUCUCCCUCACUCAUCCACAGCCCAGCAAGAAUGCAAAGGGAUCUCCCCGUUCCAGGCUGGAGGCAGCCAGGUGGUGAGCCUAGACUGUAACCCCAAAGCUUGCCGCGUGUCCCCUAUGGCAUUGACAGCCCCAAAAAAACACAGUGAGUUGCUCCACAGGUCUGGGAAGCAGCAGGCCCAGAGGCUGGAGAACCUGAGGAAGAUGGAGGGGAUGGUGCAUCCUAUCAUCAGCCGUAGAACAAGCCCUCAAAAUGUGGGGGCUGCCCGGCCUCUGAAACGGAGCCUGGAGGAUUUGGACAAAGUUAUUUCUGAAAAAAAAAUCCGAGCUGUCUCUCCUAUUCACUUACCAAAGGAGACCCCAGCGAAAGACAAGGCUCCCGACCAAGAGGGGGAAGGUAGCAAGUCAGUGCAUGGCCUCCAUUCUGGCAGCAUGCUAGAAAGCCACAAAUUUCCCCUGUCAGCCCCCAUCUUCCCAGGCUUGUAUCCUGGAAGCCUGUGCACAGGGCUGAACAAUCGCCUCCCACCUGGGUAUUCUCAUCCCCUGCAGUACUUGAAAAAUCAGACCGUGCUAUCCCCACUAAUGCAGCCUUUGGCUCUUCACUCCUUCAUGGUGCAGAGACAAUUCCUUACAUCCCCUGCAAACUCCCAGCAACUGUACAGACACUUAGCUGCAGCAACACCUGUAGGAAGUUCCUAUGGUGACCUUUUGCAUAACAGCAUUUAUCCUUUAGCUGCUAUAAACCCUCAAGCUGCAUUCCCACCUUCCCAGCUAUCCUCUGUACAUCCCAGCACAAAACUGUAAACCCCCUCUGUCACAAAGAAAGGUCUGAGGAGAAAGUUCAGUUAGCGACAUUCCUCCCCGUGACGAUGUCUUGCAGAUUUAGCGAUCUGUAUUUUUGUCAACCAGGAUGCAGCCGUGUCCCGCCUAGAGGAGCGUCUUGGAGUUUGAUGGAGACAGGACUGCUUCUUUAAUUCUGGUUCCCACAUCAGCCCCCUCACCCCUUAUCCCUGCCCUUGUGAAAAAGAAAACCAAACAAAAAAAAAAAAAACAAAAAAAA